GUAAGAAAUCAGGGUCAGGUGGUUGUCCCAUGCGGCGUGCGGGCGAUGCCCCGGUUUGUUCGGAAGGCUGGACCCUGGGCUUCUACAGGAUAUGCAGCGGAAUGGCCCUCUUAAAAGCAACGUGGGGAUCUCGGGAAUACAAAAACAUCACUCUGGUAGUUGGAACAGCUCUCCAGAACCAUGAAUUCGGUUUCUCAGAUCGCAAUUGUCGGCGUGGGCCAGGUCGGAGGCGCCGCAGCAUACUCCAUCAUCCUUACCUCUUUCGUGAGCGAGUUGCUCCUCGUCGACAUCGAUGUCGAUUUGAGAGACGGCCAAGUCCGUGACCUUUCCGAUGUGGCCUAUAGUUGUAACAGCAGCACGCGCGUGCGAGCUGCCUCACACCAUGAGGCAGCCAAGGCCGACAUUGUGGUUAUCACAGCGGGAUCCAAGCACAUGAUAGGUCAAACCACUAUCGACCAGAUAUCCCGGAACAUGUCAAUUGUUCGGGAAGUAGUCGAGACAAUGAAACCGUUCAGAUUAGACACAGUCCUGCUUGUCGUCUCAAACCCUAUUGACCUGCUCACAUCCCUCGCCCAUGAACUCUCCGGACUUCCGACAUCUCAAGUCUUGGGCUCAGGAACGUUCCUAGACUCGGUGCGGCUCCGUGGGCUCGUAGCCAUGCGGGCUGGAAUUGCGGCUAAUUCGAUAGAUAUCUACGUGGUGGGCGUACACGGAAACCCCCAGGUCGUAGCAUGGUCAGCGGCAACAGUUGGUGGCGUCCCCAUCAACAAAGCCAUCCCCCCUAACAUCCUUGACCGUGAUAAGCUUGCGGAUGAAUGCAAGCAUUGGUCGCAGAGCAUAAUCAGAGCUAAGGGUUCGACUCCUUUUGGGCUUGGCUCUAUUGUGUCCAGUUUGUGUGCCUCUAUCUUCUUGGAUAAGCGCAAUGUCUGUCCCGUAAGUCAUUUCCAACCUGACUUUGGUUGCUAUUUCAGCUUGCCCGCGGUCCUCGGGAAGAAGGGAGUUAUGAGUACUAUUCAUAUGCCGUUGGACAGUGACGAGGAGGCACAUGUAGCCAAGUCAGCGAAUGAACUAAGCGAAACUAUUGACUGGAUCCAUCGGAGUUAUUAAGCCAAGAAUGUCGUGAGACAGGUUGGAUUUUUAUAAUCUGCUAGGCAAUCUACUAUCUAGUAGCUACUUGCGUUAGAGUUGACUAGUAAUGUAAUCUUUUUUACAGCCCUGG